AUGGCCUUUGCGGCGCCCGCUUUUGGCUCGACUUUUUUCUCUCGAAUUGCCCGUCAAUUCUCGACCAGCUCACCUUUCCUGGCCUUAACCACUCCGUCCACCUCGCGCACCAUGUCGACCAACACGCAGACCGCCACGGUAGCCGCCGGAUGUUUCUGGGGUGUGGAGCACCUCUUCCGCAAACACUUCGGCAAUGGAAAAGGUGUUUUGGAGGCCAAGGUCGGCUACUCCGGCGGACACAGCGCGAAUCCUUCUUAUCGUGCUGUGUGCACGGGGGAGACUGGUCACGCCGAGGCAUUGCAGAUGACGUUCGAUCCCUCGAUUGUCAGCUACCGCGCCCUUCUAGAAUUCUUCUACCGCAUGCACGACCCCACAACUCUAAACCGUCAGGGCGGCGACAUUGGCACGCAGUACCGCAGCGUGAUCUUCACGCAUGGCGAGGAACAGGAUCAGAUUGCUCGUGAGGUCACGGAGAAGGUCUCUCAGGAAUGGUACAAGCAGCCGGUCUCGACCGCAAUCGUGGGCGCGGGCCAGUGGUGGGAUGCGGAGGAUUACCACCAGCUGUACUUGACCAAGAACCCUGAUGGUUAUGAGUGCCCUGCUCAGUAUGUGGAACUCUUCCCCUUGCGCCACGAGAGUACUUUGCUAAUCGAUCGUCCUCAUUUGCUAGCUUCGUGA